GGCCAAGGCCCAGGACCUGGUGAAUUCUCUCUUUCUCAUCAUGGUGGAUGCAUCACUAGCAACCAUACAGUGCUUAGAAGAAAUAGUUUCAGAGUUUGUGCAGAAAGAUGAAAUAAAGCCUGCUGUUAUCCAGCUGCUUUGGGAGCGAUUCACAGAAAAAUCUCAGUGCUCAUCGCUAGAACGACGUGCUGCUGUGAUACUGCUGGGGAUGAUGGCACGAGGGAAGCCAGAGAUCAUAGGUAGCAACCUGGAUGUCUUGGUGACAGUUGGGCUGUCUGAGAAGGUAUGUGAAGACUAUUGCCUGGCUCAAGAAGUAUGCAAUGCCAUCUCCAAACUUGCUGGUAACCAUAAGCCAGCACUGGGGAAGAACAACACACCUUUUCGACUGCCACAGGACCAUAUGCUCUUCGGGUGCCUGAGUGAGACCUUGAGUAAAGGCUUUGCCCAGCCAAGUGGUCACUGGAUCCCCUUCAUGGAGGCAGCAGUAACACUCAUCUACCAACUAGCAGAGGGGGCAGAGGAGAUAUGUGCUCACAUCCUGCACAUGUGCAGUCAGCAAGCUCUGGAGAAGCUGCAGGAGGCUGAUGGACAGAAAGAAGCUGACCCAGAGGUUUCUCCAAGCAGAGUCUCCGAUGGUGCUAACAGUCUCCCCACGCUCCUGCUGAUGCACCUGGUGUCCCUUGUGGGACAGGUGGCAGUGCAGCAGGUAGCAUAUUUGGAAGUGUCAGUGAGUGCAGAGCUACGCAGACGCCGCAUCCUCAGAGAGGAAGAGAAAACCAAGAAGUGUCCUGACAGCAGCAAGAAGAAGCAGAGACCCCGGAGCACAGGAAACGAGACCACUAUGGAGCAGGAGCUGGGCCUCGUGGGAGCCUUGGCUGAUGACACCGAGGCCGAGCUCAUCCGCAGUAUUUGUGAGACAGAACUUCUAGACGGGAAGCACCUGUUCUCUGCCUUUGUUCCACUAGUGCUCAAGAUCUGUAACAACCCCGGGCUCUAUAGCGAUUCGGCGCUCUUGGCAGCAGCAGCCCUGGCUCUUGGCAAAGUCUGCAUGAUCAGCUCUGAGUUCUGUGACUCCCACUUGUGCCUGCUGUUCACUAUAAUGGAGAAAUCCCCUCUGCCUGGUGUGAGAUCCAACCUCAUUAUUGCAGCAGGAGAUCUGGCCAUCCGUUUCCCCAACCUGGUGGAGCCUUGGACAUCACAUCUCUAUGCCAGGUUGCGGGACCCCUGCCCAAGCGUGAGGCAGAAUGCUGGACUGGUGAUGACUCACCUCAUCCUCAAAGACAUGGUAAAGGUGAAAGGCCAAGUGAGCGAGAUGGCAACUCUGCUUGUAGACCCAGAGGAAACAAUCAUGGGAGUGGCUCAGAACUUUUUCAGUGAACUCUCCAAAAAGGGUAACGCCAUCUAUAACCUGCUUCCAGACAUAAUCAGUCAUCUCUCAGAUCCUAACUGUGGCAUACAAGAGGAAUCCUUCCACAUUAUUAUGAGACAUCUCUUCUCAUAUAUUACAAAAGACAAACAGACAGAGAGUUUGGUGGAGAAACUUUGUCAGCGAUUCCGGACUGCCAGAACUGAGCGUCAAUAUCAGGAUCUGUCCUACUGCCUUACUCUGCUUCCCCUCUCGGAACGGGGCCUUCACAAGCUGCAGGACAACUUUGACUGCUUUGCAGACAAGCUCCAAGACCCAGCUGUCUACAGUUCUUUCCAAACUGUGCUGGCUCGAUUCCGCAGAGCGGGUGGCAAACCUGAGACUAAAGCUCUUGCUGAAGAGCUGGAGCAGAAGCUGUCUGCCUCCCAUAACCGAGGGCUCGAUUCAGCAGAGACAUGCCAGGAAGGCAGUGGAACACCAGUGCCAGAGCCAGCCAAGCAGAAACCAACAGGAGUUUCACGCCGCCAGCACCUGAGCACAGUCAACAGGGAUGAAGAUUUUGUCACGCCCCAGCCUCGUGCCCUCCGAAGCACUAAGCGUGCCCAAAAGCACCUGCCACCCAAAAAAGCUAUUCUCACCUUCUCCAGUGACGAGGAGGACAACUCUGAGGACGAGCUAUGGGCAGAAUUAAAAGAUGAAGAAACCCCCACCAAAACAACUCCCAUCACCAGAUCUUCAGCCCGCCGGCUGCGCUGAGGGAGCCGUCUGCCACCGCCUUUAACUAAAAAUAAAACUUGUUUUAUGCA